AUGUCCUUAAACAAGGAGUUGCGCAGCAUCAAAAAGGCUGGCUCCCAGGAGACCUCGACUGAAUCUGCGGUCUACGUGUGCGGGUACUCGAUGGAGCCCAUCUUGAGGCGCCCCUUCCCCGACGAGAACGUUCCACUGCACACGCUCUACGACAUGUUCCUACGUGGUUGUCGGAAAAGCGGGGACGCUGCGCACUGUCUAGGGUAUAGAAAUAAGCAGCGGUCUGGGAACUACGACUGGUUGACCUAUGGGCAAGUUCGAGAGCAGGCGGUUGCCGUAGGUGACGCGCUCGUGCGCGAGCUCCGUCUCCAGCGUGGUGACCGCGUCGGGAUCUACGCGAAGAACUGCAAAGAAUGGAUGAUCGUGCUUUUGGCUUGCUCAAGUCGGGGUUUGGUUCCAGUUCCCGUCUAUGAUAGUUUAGGCGCCAACUCAGCCGCUUAUGUUAUUGAGCAUUCUGGUAUGCAGGUGCUGUUCACCUCGGAGGAGAACCUCGAGCGGGCACGCAGUGCCGUCGGUUCUCGUGAGGUGCAGCUGAUUGUGCUGGACGCUUACAAGCCUAUGGAUUCUUUGAUGACGUUCCAGGACUUGCUCGAGAAGGGAAGUGCCGAGCAUGCUCCGCCUGAUUCAACUGAGAGCGACGAUGAUGAACUGAUGGUUAUCAUGUACACCAGCGGCACGACAGGAACGCCGAAGGGCGUGAUGCUCAAGAACGAAGCGUUGCUGGCGGAGGUCGCCGCACUGCAGCGGGCGACCGAUGCCUUCCAGAUCCCGAUCGGCCCUGGUGAUGUGCUGUUGUCGUAUUUGCCACUUGCCCAUAUUUUCGCUCAGGCAGCGGAGACUCUUUGGCUCGUAUCGGGUGCAUCGAUCGCGUAUUAUGGGGGUGAUGUGAAGCAUCUCGUCGAAGAUAUUAUGGACGUGAAGCCGACGGUAUUUAUCGGAGUUCCCAGAGUUUUCGCUCGAUUCUACGAGCAAGUCCAAAGUACGAUAGCGGAACGUGGCUUGGUCGCGCGAACGCUCUUUCGCAUAGCGUAUUCGAUGCAGUCGGCGAACGUUCGCGCGGGAACGCGCAGUCGGAUUUGGGACCGCUUACUUUUCGAAAAGAUACGCGAGAGACUAUUUCCACGUGUUCGAUUCUUUUUCUCGGGUGCAGCUCCGCUUGCUGAGCAUUUGAAUAUCUUCAUGCGGACGGUGUUCUGUGCGCCAAUGCUCCAGGGCUACGGCAUGACGGAGACGACUGCAGGCGCGUUUGUGGGCUCGCCGACCGACCGACCCGAUAGUGUGGGUGGCGUCAUGGCUUGCUUUGAAUUCAAGCUCGUUGACGUACCCGAAAUGAAGUACACACAUCGUGACAAGCCCUGUCCACGCGGGGAACUGUGGCUCAAGGGGCCAGCCCUCACAUGUGGCUACUACAAGAAUGAGCAAGCCACCAAGGAGGCGUUCCCCAAUGAUGACGGCUGGAUGGCCACUGGUGAUAUCGGUCGCCUUAAUCGCGACGGAACGCUUUCAAUUAUCGAUCGCAAGAAGAACAUUUUCAAGUUAGCGCAAGGUGAAUACGUGGCCGUUGAAGCGCUCGAGUCCGAGUAUCAAAAAGCGAAAGGUAUUGGACAAAUCUGGGUAUAUGGGAACUCUAUGAAAAGCUCACUCGUGGCGGUGGUGGUUCCCGACCCCGGCUACCUGCGUCGACAGGGCCUCAUUGCGGAGACCGGGCAGCUGACCCAGCUCUCGCCAUCUACACGGGAGAAAAUCAAGCAACAGCUUUUGAAAGAACUGCAGGCCCAGGCCAAAGCAUCAAAUCUCAAGGGCUACGAGUACGUGAAAGCGAUCCACCUGGAGACGGAUUUGAAUGAUCUCAAUCAAGGAUUUACGAUUGAAAACGACUGCCUCACACCCACGAUGAAGUUGAAGCGCCCCCAACUGUUGGAACGUUAUCGUAAGACGAUUGACCAGCUUUACAAACAACUCGGGGAAUGA